CGGCGCGGUCCGAGGCGUCUGUGGCAACCAGGAGUCCAGCGGGGGAUCGAGCGGGGUGGGCUCUGCACCGAGGAUCGAGAGAGAUCACUGCUGAGAAAAAUGACAGCUGGAUCUGUCUCAGUUCCUCAGGUCAUACCACUUCGAAUCCCUCUUCCAGGGAAAGCUAAACAUGAAAUAGACACAAAUACCCUUGUAGAAAUAAAAUCAGAUGGAAGUAAACCAAAACUCAUAAGGAAACCUGGCUGUGGAGAACACAACACUUUCAAGUAUAAGGGUCCUAUCACAUUACCAGUUGGGAAAAUAAUGGUCAAGGCACUUGCAGUUACGAAGGACUGCAGGGAGAGUACAGUUGUAACAAAGAUGUUUCUGGUAGAAUACAAACAACCAAACAUGCUCUUCUCUGUUGAAGAUGAUGACAAGAAUCUCCUAAAAGAGUUCAGCACACAGGAAAGAGAAGGUGGAACAUUUACUACAAAACUAAAGAAGAAUGGAGUAAACAUGGCAGUCAAGCCUGCCUGGAGCGAAGCACCCCAAGAUUUUCAAGGCUUGGGAACAGAAAGAAAGACUGCUCACAGGUCCCUGCAGGGACCACAGCUCUUUGCCAGUCAGUUGGAAACAAGAGAGUACAAAGAGGAAUCUGUCUCAGCCCUACCAACAGAGUCAUUACAGUUUGCUAGUUCUUCUGCAAUGACUAGCAGGAAAAGCUUAGCAAGCACACAGGUGGCAAGGAUCCAGAGGGAAACAGAUUUCCUCAAAUGUGCACACUGUUCUGCACCUCGCCUGUCUGACCCGUUGGCUCACUUCUGUCAGGAAUGUGGAUCUCCUAUCCCACCUGUGCCAGUACAUCGCUUCCCAGCCCCUGAAGGAGCACAGAUGGCACCUUGUCUUGAAUGCAGACAUCUUGUGCCAAUUAAUACACCUGCUUGCAUUGUAUGUGAGUCACCAAUAGCUCCACAGCUGCAGCCUCAAACCAGCAUCUGCAUGAAGGGCAAAGUAAUUUGUCAGGCAUGUGGCACAGGAAAUCCUCUUCACCACAAACACUGUGUGACUUGUGAAAGCAAACUACUGGAAAUACAGAUGCCCAUGUUUGAAGGACAAGCCCCCUCACCUUACCACAACCAGCAAAGGAGGACAGUUUUGUGUUCAAAAUGCAAUCAUGUUAACCAAUGUGAUGCCCGUUUCUGUGAGUGGUGUGGAGCCAAGCCUGGACCUCCUCCAUCCUACUUUACUUGUUUCAAGUGUGGUACAAGCAACCAUCCAUACGCUCGCUUCUGUGGGUCCUGUGGCAUCUACAUAGAGCCCAAAUCCCAGAUGGCUUCUCAGAACGAUGUUCUCAUGAAUACUGGGAACUCCCUGGAAUUUUCUGAGGCUAAACAACUUCAAGCUCAAGUCGCCUGUCAGCUGCUUCCUAUUUCCUUGUGCAAAUCCAAGGCAGAACUAAAAGAAACAGAAGAUAAAGGAACCCAAACCAUUGGACUUUUUUACCCAUCAAGCAAACUAUUGGAAAAGAAGAAGCUUGAGCUGGUAUCACAAAGGGAAAAGCUGGAAAAGAUGAGUGAUCAUAAGCCUCUCCUGACAGCCAUUAGUCCUGGAAAAGGUUACUGGAGAAAACAGCUGGACCAUGUCUGCGCUCACCUUAGAAGCUAUUCUCAGAACAACCUUGAAUUCAGAGCACUGAUAGGAGAACCCCGAAUGGGAAAGAUUAAUUCUGCCACUAUCCAUGAGGAUGACUAUGAAGUCACUAUCACAUUGAAUUAUGCUCUUGCUAUUAAUAAGGAUAUUCAUAGUAAUAAACCAGUGAAGUUCAACAAUCAUUACCUGAAUGCUGUAACAGAAGUCCAAGAUGGACAGGGUGGCAGUCAGACUGGCAAAGAUGAUGAUAAUCUUUUCCAUUCAAGAGGCAAAAUAAAAAGAACAAAGUCAAGAACACUUGCAGAAAAAGAAGAUAAGCUCUUUCCAGAGUCCAGACAACUACUGGAUGAACUGGGUCCAAAUGGGAAAGGAAGAAUCACCUUGAUAGAACACUUGCUCAGUGAAGGAGCUGACCCAAACUGCAUCAAUGACGAGAACCAACCUGCUCUCACAGUUGCUGUCCUUAACAAACAUGUGGAUGCAAUCGCGGUGCUCGUGCAGAAAGGUGCUAACAUUGACCAGCAGUCAGGACUGCACAGCAACACUGCUCUCCAUGAGGCAGUUCUGCUUGGAUUGGAAGGAAAGGAGUGCAUCCAAGUCCUAUUAGGCUGCAAUGCAAGCAUAGAAAAAAAGAAUGCAGAAGGGCAAUCGGCAUACGAUUUGGCUCUUUCAGCUGGAAAGAAUGAAGUUAUCUCAUUGUUUGCAAGUAAGCUUGGACAGGGAACGCUGGGCAAACUUACAAAACCCAAGAACAUUGGUCUUGCCAGUAUGUGACUGCAGCCACCUUUUUCUCCCCAAGAUGGAGCUGGAGGUUCUCUGAGCCUGGCAGCACCUAAGAGCAUGCAUCCCAUACUGUCUGCAGACUUCAUAGCCCUGCACCAUCAGCUUGGUCCCUUUAACAGCCAAAUAGUUUGUACAAGAUUCCUUCGUUCCUUCCCAGCACAAUUAUUCACUGACUGCACUCUGUUCUGAGAGACUUCUUUUCCUUUUCAACCUUGUGCAAA